CAUGGUGCAAACGGCCCUAAGUGUUUAUUGUGCUUGUACUUGUGUGAAUGUGUUCUGUACAUACAUUUCCAUUCUUAUUUGACGAUACAAAAUCGUAGGUGAUUAGUGAGAAAAUGUCUGGACAGUGUGAGCCCUUAACUUUGUCCAAAGAUAUAAAACGUGCAAUAGAAUUGCUGGAAAAGUUGCAAUCAAGUGGUGAUUUUCCAACAACGAAGCUAUCGGCACUACAAAAGGUUCUUCAAAGUGAUUUUUUAAAUGCUGUAAGAGAAGUUUAUGAACACGUUUAUGAAACGGUUGACAUCCAAGGAUCACUGGAUGUACGGGCUUCAGCUACAGCCAAAGCUACUGUUGCCGCCUUUGCAGCAAGCGAAGGACACGCACAUCCUAGAGUUGUGGAAUUACCGAAGACCGAAGAAGGGCUUGGAUUUAAUGUAAUGGGAGGAAAGGAGCAAAACUCCCCUAUUUAUAUAUCCCGUAUUAUACCUGGCGGAGUGGCUGAUAGGCAUGGCGGACUUAAAAGAGGAGAUCAACUUUUAUCUGUAAAUGGUGUU